AUGCUGGCCAGGGGACUCCCUCCACGCUCCAUCCUGGUUAAAGGCUGCCUGCCCCUCCUGAGUGUCCUGCGGGAGAGCUCUGGGCAGCCCAGGGUGUCUGCUGGAGAAAGCGCUAGCAGCGUCUGCACCCGUAGCCCUCGCCCCUAUCAUGAGGUCCCUUCCCCUGGUAACAAUGGCUGGCUGAACCUGUAUCAUUCCUGGAAGGAGACGGGCAUGCAUGGACUCCACUAUCGCAACAUCCAGAAUUUUCGGAAGUUUGGCCCCAUUUACAGGGAGAAGCUUGGAAACAUAGACUCGGUCUUCAUCAUCGACCCUGAAGAUGUGGCAGUUCUCUUUAAGUCUGAGGGUCCUAGCCCAGAACGCUACCUCGUCCCACCUUGGGUUGCCUAUCACCAAUAUUACAAGAAACCCAUUGGAGUCUUGUUCAAGAAAUCCACAGACUGGAAGAAAGACCGGCUAGCCCUGAACCAGGAGCUGAUGGCUCUGGAUACCAUGAAGAACUUCCUGCCCCUGCUGGAUGUGGUGUCUCAGGACUUCAUCAGCCUCUUACACAGGCGUAUCAAUCAACAGGGAUCCAAUAUGUACUCAGGGGACAUCAGUGAUGACCUCUUCCGCUUCGCCUUUGAGUCCAUCACCCACGUCAUAUUUGGGGAGCGCCUAGGGAUGCUGCAGGAGGUAGUGGACCCCGAGGCCCAGCGGUUCAUUGAUGCUGUGUAUCAGAUGUUCCACACCAGUGUCCCCAUGCUCACCAUCCCCCCAGGACUGUUCCGCCUGUUCAGGAGCAAGACUUGGAAGGACCACGCGGCCGCCUGGGACAUGAUUUUCAGUAAAGCUGAACAAUACACCCAGAACUUCUUUUGGGACAUGAGACAAAAAAGAGUCUUCAGCAAUUACCCUGGCAUCCUCUACUGCCUCCUGGCCAACAAAAAGCUGCCCUAUGAAGACGUCAAGGCCAACAUUACCGAGCUGCUGGCCGGCGGCGUGGACACGACGUCCAUGACACUGCAGUGGAGCCUGUACGAGAUGGCCCGGAGUCUGAAGGUUCAGGAGGCACUGAGAGCAGAGGUCUUGGCUGCCCGGCGUCAGGCCAACGGGGACCUGAACAUGAUGCUCAAACUAAUUCCGCUCCUCAGAGCCAGCAUCAAGGAGACACUGAGACUCCACCCCAUCUCCGUAACUGUGCAGAGAUAUGUUGCUAAUGACGUGGUGAUUCGAGAUUACAAGAUUCCUGCAAAGACAUUGGUGCAGGUGGCUACCUUCGCCAUGGGCCGGGACCCCGCCUUCUUCUCCAAACCUGAGUGUUUUGACCCAGCCCGAUGGCUGAACAAAGACAAGGACCACACCUACUUCCGGAACCUGGGCUUCGGCUGGGGUUCCCGGCAGUGUGUGGGCAGGCGCAUUGCGGAGCUGGAGAUGACUCUCUUCCUCAUCCAUAUGCUGGAAAACUUCAGAAUUGAGAUCCAGCAUCUCAUUGAUGUGGACACCACAUUCAACCUCAUCUUGAUGCCCAACAAACCCAUUUCCUUCAUCUUCCGGCCCCUCAACAAGGAACCGCCCCAGGCAUGA